AUGUCCGAGUCAAAAGCGUCACUUCGAAGCAGUCAGUCGGGAUACUCUCAAGACUCUUCUGACUCGCUCCCGUCCAAUCCCCAACUGCUGCGCCGGAUCCCCCGACCAUCCCCACCAUCACUUACAAAGACCACUCUAUCCCAGACCCGACUCUCCUUUAGGCGUCGUGUUUCCAGUCUACAAGAACACCACCAGGCGCACUCCUCGGAAAAUGGCAGUCGAAGCAACCCGCCUCAGCGUUCGCAGCCCAGCGAGCAGGACGGGCAUCGUGGCGAGGGGUUGCAGACCAGGAUAGAAGGACCUAGUUUCGACGGCAUGGUAAGAUAUCUCCCGUUCAUCUGGGAUGAGAUGCAGGCUUCGAUGCGCGAUGAUAGGCAGAAAAUUGCUUCCCUGCAACGGGAGCUGGAAGUGGAGCGGGGAAAGAACCUGCAGCUCCAAGCACAGCUGGCCGAUUCCAAGAAUUCGACCGCGCUGGAACUCCGAGCACUUCGAGAAAAGAAUAAAAGCCUUGAGGACCAGACCAGAGAACUUCGGACCAACUUGAAGGACUUGAAGAAUGUGGAAAUGGCCUUGACGGAGGCAGAGAUGGAAAGGAAAAGGCUGCAAGCGGAGGCAGUGCUUCUGCAAGACCAGGUGGCCAAACAUAACGACCUGAGGUCCAGACAUGACGUGCUGAGUGCCGAACACGAUGACUUGCUUUCCAAGAAUGACGAUCUGCAAAAGAGAAUCGCCGACGUUGAGGAAUGGGAAAUCUCGGCGACGAAUGCAGCCAGUGCGGAGAGAGAAAAAAGCGCAGAACUUCAGCAACAGAAAGAUAGCUUAGACGAAGACUUGCAAAAUGCAAGGCAAAGAGUCCAAAGGUUGACCGAAGAGAAGGCGGGCCUUGCGCAAGACAAGGAAAUGGCCAGUUUGCUUGCAAGCAACCUCAAUCUACUUGGAGCACAGAUCGCCCACCUGCAGCAGAUCGCCGAGACCCUCAGCAAUCGACAAAUUUCAAUAGUUGAGGACAAGGCCGGACUUCCAGCCCAGGCCAAUGAGGCGUCAUCGGCGUUUGCGACCUCGAGCCUUCAGUGUAUGAACGAGAGCCUCGAGCGAUCGGCAGUGCGGGAUGAAAAAGCUUGCCACGAAGCGAAGAUACUGCCAAUCCUGUUGGGAAUCCAGGACAGCACGAGCUCAAAUCAAGAGCGGCUGCAAGAACUUGCCUCUACUCUGGACCGAAGAAUCCAAGAUGACUUUGCCAACAACCUUUGCCAGCGUGUUGACUCGAUCUUCGAAUGCCGUCUUGGAUCACUCGAGUCUAAGAUGGAUGAGACGAAAGAUCACACUCAGGUACUGAACGCAUUGAACAACCUCGAAGGCAAGCUCGAUAGCCUAUAUUCCAUGUCGAUAGUGGAGAGAGUCGAGGCUUUGGAGAAACAAGUGUCAAGUCUUGGGGAAAAGUCGUCUCAGCGAGCCGACAUGGAGGCCCCCCGCCCACCAUUUGAUUCUGAAGCCUGCCUUUGGGUCAGUAUCCCUUGGAGUGACAUGCCGACCGUGGAAAAGAUCUUUGCCCAGUGUCAGCAGUGCGCGGCAGGUGACAUCGCAUCCCCCGUCAUCGCGGAGACAGUAGAGAUCCCCAGUCCAGAACUCCGACCCAGUGCGCCCCAAUGCGAAGUUUCCGGCAGAGCAGCUCAGCUUUUUUGGCUACCACGUGGGAAAGUCGCUGUCAAGGAUGAUGGUCAUUGGAAUGAGUUGGGCCUGGAGUACCCCGGAAAGGUCAUUCAGCUGAUUCACAAAGCUCUAGCUUUGUGA